CACGCCGCACGCGCAAAGAGUCAAUAUAAACGCCUCAUUUCACUUCAAAGCCUCCUCACCUCUCCACCGCACAACACUAAAAAAAAAGCUCCCAUUUCCUCGCUCUCUCUCUCUGCCUUUCGCAACUCUCUCUUUCAACUUCACAGCGAAAGGCGGAGACUUCAACAGGGAAAGUGAAAAUGGUUGAUCAGGUUCAACACCCCACAGUCUUUCAGAAGGCAGCUGGCCAGCUCCAUCUCCGCUCUGGUAUUUCCAUGGAUGUUCAGAGUUUUGAUGGUGCUUACCAUCAGGCAGCUCUGUACCAAAGGCGUGCCACAUUUGGAAACUACUCAAAUGCUGCCUUCCAGUAUCCCAUAAUGCCAGCUCGUGGAGCUACUACUGAUCUAUCUGCUGUUGCAUCGACUGCCUCCCCAAUUUUCAUUGCAGCCCCUAAAGAGAAAGGAAACUUUCUCAUUGAUUUCCUUAUGGGUGGUGUAUCUGCUGCUGUAUCCAAAACAGCUGCUGCUCCAAUUGAGCGUGUUAAACUUUUGAUUCAGAACCAGGAUGAGAUGAUUAAAUCCGGGAGGUUGUCUGAACCCUACAAGGGUAUUGGUGAUUGUUUUGGCCGAACAAUUAAGGAAGAGGGAUUUGCUUCAUUGUGGAGAGGGAACACUGCUAAUGUCAUCCGUUACUUCCCUACUCAGGCCUUGAACUUUGCAUUCAAGGAUUACUUCAAGAGGCUUUUCAACUUCAAGAAGGACAAGGAUGGUUACUGGAAAUGGUUUGCUGGUAACUUGGCCUCUGGUGGUGCAGCUGGUGCUUCAUCCCUUCUCUUUGUUUACUCACUGGACUAUGCCCGUACCCGUCUGGCUAAUGACGCUAAGGCUGCAAAGAAGGGAGGAGAGAGGCAAUUCAAUGGUCUGGUUGAUGUCUACAAAAAGACACUGGCAACUGAUGGUAUUGCUGGUCUCUACCGUGGAUUCAACAUUUCAUGUGUUGGUAUCAUCGUGUACCGUGGUCUCUACUUCGGAAUGUAUGAUUCUUUGAAGCCAGUUCUCCUGACUGGAGAUUUGGCGGAUAGUUUCUUUGCUAGCUUUGCCCUUGGUUGGCUCAUCACCAACGGUGCUGGUCUUGCAUCCUACCCAAUUGACACUGUUCGUAGAAGAAUGAUGAUGACCUCCGGUGAAGCUGUCAAGUACAAGAGCUCAUUGGAUGCAUUCUCCCAGAUUCUGAAGAAUGAGGGUCCCAAGUCUCUCUUCAAGGGUGCUGGUGCAAACAUCCUCCGUGCUGUUGCUGGUGCUGGUGUCCUUGCCGGUUAUGACAAGUUACAGUUAAUCGUGUUCGGAAAGAAAUACGGAUCUGGUGGUGCUUAAUUAACCAGGGGUAUAUUUCCUGGCUUGUGCCAAUUUUAGCUUCUAGAUGGUGAUGAAAAUCUUUUUGAGUUCCAAGAACUUAUUCCGGCGAAUUUUUGCUCAAAUAAUUCAGUUUUAGAGGGAGUUAAAUCCCAAACCAAUUUAAAAUUUUGGAUUGAUUCUGAUCCUAUAAACCUGAUUUAUUGAGGUGACUGUCAAUGCCUCUGUUACUUCUUUUGAGCUUCAGCUCUCUCUAUAAUUUAAGGAGGAUACUUUCAUAUA